UCGGCAACGUAUCGCGAGCAGCUUUUCGUCGUAUGAGGAUCGCGGUUUUCAUAUCCGGUGAUGCCUGCCACACUCACUCCCAAAAGCAGGCCAAGGCAUGAACGCGAGCAUGAAUGACACGCACAAUCUCGCUUGGAAGCUUGUCUACGUCCUCCGCGGCUGGCCGUUUGUCCCUGUUGAAGACAUACGAAUUCGAAAGAAGAUCAUACGCUCAGGACCUCAUCAAUUCAAUCUUCGAAUCCAAUUUGCUCAGCUCUUCUCUGGCAAGCCGCGCACGGAGGAAAACCAAGACGGUGUCUCCCACGAAGAAUUUCUCAAGAUUUUCCAGAAAUUUGGCGGAUUUACGAGUGGUAUCGGAAUUCAUUACGGCGGAUCGACGAUUGUGGACGUUACCAGACAGGAAUGUGCUAAGAACGUCGUGGUUGGCCAACGUAUGCCUCCGCAGAUGUUGCUUCGAGCAGCGGAUUCCAGACCAGUACAGCUGCAGGACAUGCUGCCGUCCGACACUCUAUUCAAGACCAUAGUAUUCGGGGGAGACGGAGAACUUUUAGACAAGGUCGCCCCCCAACUUGAAGCUCUCUUUAAUCGAUACCGCGAGAGAGUCGACAUGAUGUCAAUUCUAUCGUCUUCCGCACCCGCUGGUUUACAUUCAUGGAUCUGCCCGCUGUUCUCAGACCCCAUUGGACCAAGUGCGUGCUCAUCUGUAGCUCGAGACAUCUAGCCGACUGGACACAGGGUCUUCAUCGACAGGCCGGACUUGCGGGGCACGCAGGGCGGCACUGUCUACUCCGAAUUUGGCAUAGAUCCCAUCGCGGGGGCUAUUGUUUGUGUUCGACCGGACGGUUACGUGGGCUUGGUCGCUCCGCUGCAAGACGCGGUUGCUCUGGAAAGCUUUUUUGGCGCAUUUAUGUCGUAGUAAUGUAUGGCCCCAAAGUAAUAGAACAGACACCGCAAAGUCUAUUUCGCCUUCAUAGCUUCCCGUGUCGCGAUAGCUUCUGAUGACAACCGUUGCAGGCGCAAAGCCAUGUCUACGGUCAUUACCAAAGGAACCAGCAGGAAGGGCACGUAGCUCGAGAGAAGCAUCGUCCGCUGUUCGAAGGUAAGAGUGGUGACGCCAGCUGCGAGAGCUGCCGCCGAGGGGCCUGGAGUCGCCAGGAUUGUCGUGACACAGGGCCAAACAGUCGUUGUGGUCGAGGCCGCGUAGACAAGCAU